AUGAAAAUAAAAUCGAGCUUUACGCUUGGCUUGCUCCUAUUCCUCUCUUCCUCGCUCUCCGUCACAUCACGCAGAGUCCUCCGGACGGACCUCAGUCGAACAGAAGCUGAGGCAAGCGGCCACUAUGCGCCCGUGAUCGACGCUCCUAAACUGCCUGUGUUGGAGAAGCGAAGGGGUGGCGGAGGUGGAGGAGGAGGACGAGGUGGAGGAGGAGGAGCACGAGGUGGAGGAGGACGAGGUGGAGGCGGAGGCCGCAGCGGUGGAGGAUCUGGAGGUCGUUCGGGGGGUGGUGGGCGUGGCGGAAGCCCCGGCGGCAGAGGUGGUGCUAGUAGCCCGGGUAGUAGACCGUCAAGCAAUGCCGGUGGCACGUCGCCCGGAGGAUCCGGUAGCCCUCGUAGUUACGGCGGCGGCAACAAUUACGCCGGAGGUGCGGAAGUUCCCUACACAGCUGGCAGGCGAUCUCCAACCGGUUUAUUGCCAUUUUUCCUCCCAGUGGCGCUGCUCGCCUUUUUCCCGGGGCUUUGGCUAUUCGGAGCCUACGCCUAUCAGUCCAAUCAUGACUUCAACUGGCGCAAUCGCACGAGUGGCAUGGACGAGAACAUCCCGAUCAUCUGCCUGUGCCAACAAUACUCCGUGUGCGGAUGCGAUGAUAAUAACAAUAGCACCUAUAUCCAGUCCAUACUCAACGACACAGAUCAGAACGGGCUGCCACGCAAUUCUUCCAUCGUCAAGACUGUGGAGGUCAACGGCACAACAAGAAUUUAUAUUAAUGGCACUCUGCCCAACGGGACUACCGCUCCCUCCGGAGAAUCGACCAACAUGGCCCCCGGGCUUAUGUUGCCGCAUCUUCUGAAGUUGAGCGGUUAUUGGUCCAUGGUAGCAAUCGUCCUGGCGACUGUGACGCUCCUCUAA